AUGGCUGACAAGAUGGAUCGCGGUCUCGAUGAGAUCAUCGCUGAUACUCGCGCCAAUCGAUCUCGCAACCACCGUGGCCAAGGUCGCCGACGUGAACCCCGUAAUGACUACCCUCGCGAUGGUGUUAGAAAGGUUGACUUCCCUCGCCCUCCAAUGAUGCCAACUCGACCUGUACAACCCUCCUCGCAACUCGUCCUUUCAGUGCUCGGGGCUUUUUCCGUUCGCGACGAUUCACGAAACCUUGAUAGCGAAUGGGUCCAUGACCGAUUCGAAGAGAACAACAAUCGCCGAGCGCCUGCUCCUCGCCGCCGCCGCGAAUCCCCAGACCAGGAGUCCAAGGGCGCCAAGCUCAGAGUUGACAACAUUCACUAUGAUCUCACUGAGGAAGACCUGGAUGAGCUAUUUCGAAGGAUCGGCCCAGUUGUUCGCCUUCAGCUACGGUAUGACCGCGCUGGGCGAUCUGAGGGUACUGCUUACGUGACGUACGAACUGAAGGAGGACGCUCAGGAGGCGGUCAAACAGUUUGAUGGUGCCAAUGCCAAUGGUCAGCCCAUUCGAUUGACUCUGCUACCCUCGCGAAACCCGUUUGAUACCGCCGUUAUGCCCGGCCGUCCACUGGCAGAGCGAAUCUCGAGUCCCGGGGAACGAAGAUCCCAUUCCCCCCAUCGCCGGUAUGACGACGAUGAUGCUGCCCGCAGAGGAAUCGAUAGAUAUGUUCCCGGCCAGGGUCCUCGCCGCAGCCCAAUGCCUAGACAGGGUGGUCGGGGCCGAGGUCAGGGUGGUCGUCGCCCUGGUGCUCGACGCGAUGGCAGAGAUGGUGGCAGAGAUCAGGAGGGCGGACGCGGCGGACGAGGCAAUCCUCGUGGAAAGAAGACACAGGAGGAGCUGGAUGCAGAGAUGGCGGACUACUUUGGCGGCGGUGACAACCAGCAGGCCGCAGAACCUGCUGACCAGCAAAAUGCACCCACUGCUCAAACACAGGCACCUACGCAGACUCAAGCUCAAGCUGCGGCCGACGACAUUGACAUGAUCGAGUAG